UGCAGGCUGUGCCGCUGCACGAGCUUCGCGAGCAGGCGGCGGAGCUUCGCCUCCGCCCGCUGUUCUCCUUGCUUAACCAGAACAAUCGAGGCAAGUAAAUUGUUCAGGAACAAGAUCCAUACCUACAGCAAGUCGUCAAGUUCGGAUUGGUUUACCUUUCAAGUGUCCCCUCUUCUCCACCUUUGCUGCUGCUCUGAUUUGCUCCUUCAUCGCCUCCACAUCCAUCAGCUGCUUUCUACUGGGACAGCCUCUCUGUCAUGCUGCAGAGCGGCCUCUCCUCUUCCUUCUUCGUGCCUUCUUUUGUUCUUUCUGUCACCUUGGCCUUAGGGGUUGGCCCAGGACUUUGUACAUGGGAACAGACUGCUUUGUGUGUGUCCAUUCUGGAGAGGUUGCUCCAAGCUGUGGAGCCAAUUCACUUGGCCAGGAACCUCAGGCUUGACCUGCAGAGGGGACUGACUCAUCCUGAUGACUCUGUAAAAACCCUCACUCUGUCCCAGAUUGGAAGAAUUGUUGAAAAUUCAGAAGCUGUUACUGAGAUUCUGAAUAAUGCUGAACUGUUGAAACAGAUUGUUUAUUGCAUUGGUGGAGAGAAUUUAUCUGUUGCUAAAGCGGCUAUUAAAUCCCUGUCGAGAAUAUCACUAACCCAGGCUGGACUGGAAGCUCUAUUUGAAAGUAAUCUGCUGGAUGAUUUGAAAAAUGUAAUGAAAACAAACGACGUUGUUCGGUACAGGGUCUAUGAGCUAAUUAUAGAUAUUUCUUCUGUGUCGUCAGAAUCUUUAAACUACUGUACCACAAGUGGACUGGUGACCCAGCUCCUAAAAGAGCUGACGGGUGAGGACGUGUUAGUCAGAGCCACCUGUAUAGAAAUGGUGACAUCCCUAGCAUAUACCCAUCACGGACGACAAUACCUUGCUCAAGAAGGAGUCAUUGACCAGAUAUCCAAUAUAAUUGUUGGCGCAGAUUCAGACCCUUUCUCUGGCUUCUAUCUGCCAGGAUUUGUGAAGUUUUUUGGAAACCUGGCCGUCAUGGAUAGUCCUCAGCAGAUCUGUGAGCGCUACCCUGUUUUUCUGGAGAAAGUGUUUGAAAUGGCCGAUAGUCAAGACCCCACCAUGAUUGGUGUCGCUGUUGACACAGUUGGAAUCCUGGGAUCCAGUGUUGAAGGAAAACAAGUUUUACAGAAGACAGGAACCCGCUUUGAACGCGUCCUCAUGAGAAUAGGGUAUCAAGCAAAGAAUGCUUCCACGGAGCUGAAGAUUAGGUGCUUGGAUGCAGUUUCCUCUCUCCUGUAUUUAUCACCUGAGCAGCAGACUGAUGACUUCCUGGGAAUGACAGAAUCCUGGUUUUCUUCCAUGUCUCGAGACUCCCUGGAGCUCUUCCGUGGUAUCAGUAACCAGCCCUUCCCGGAACUGCACUGUGCUGCCUUGAAAGUGUUCACAGCUAUUGCAGACCAGCCCUGGGCUCAGAGACUUAUGUUUAACAGUCCAGGUUUUGUAGAAUUUGUGAUGGACCGGUCUGUGGAACAUGACAAAACUUCAAAGGAUGCCAAAUAUGAACUGGUAAAAGCACUUGCCAAUUCCAAGACAGUUGCAGAGAUCUUUGGAAACUCAAAUUAUUUGAGGCUCAGAGCAUACCUAAGUGAAGGUCCAUACUACGUAAAACCUGUUGCCACAACAGCAGUAGAAGGAGCUGACUGAUUCCUUUCCACCUAAGACAGAGCAGGAUUUCUCAAGGCACGUGAUUCCAUCCGUGCUCCACACCACAGGACGUCUGUCUUCCCAGAGCUACCAUGGAGUGUGGCACAGCCUCACCAUCAGCAGUGUUGUCCCUGCUUAAUGCUGUGUGGACCCGGCUCUUGGACCGCAGCAAAAGCAGCAGGGGCCUGAGAGUGCCUGUGCUUCCCCGAGUCCUCGGGCUUGCCGAAGUCUGCAAGGUCAAGGUUUGUUUUCUCAGAGUUUCCAUGGGCACACUCAUGACCUUGUUUAAAAAUAAAAUGAGGGCUGGUGAGAUGGCUCAGUAGGUAAGAGCACCCGACUGCUCUUCCAAAG